AUGAGUGACAAAGUUCUGGUGGUUGGGGGUGGAACCAGAGAGCAGGUCCUGGCCCAAAAGCUGGCCCAGUCUACCAGGGUUAAACAGGUUCUAGUUGCUCCAGGGAAUGCUGGGACUACCAACAAUGAGAAAAUCACUAACUCAGAUGUGCUAAUCAGCAACCCUAACAUAUUAAAGCAGUUCUGCAUAGACCACAAUAUCACGCUGGUGGUGGUUAGUCAAUUUUCCCUUCUUGCUGCUGGAAUACUUGAUAGUUUGACUGCAGCCGGAGUGAGGUGCUUUGGACCCACAGCAAAGGCAGCUCAGCUGGAAGCACGUAAGAGUUUUGCUAGAGAUUUUAUGAACCAACAUCACAUUCCAACGGCACAAGGGAAGUCAUUCACUAAUCCUCAUGAUGCCUGUAGCUUUAUCACCUAUGCAGACUUCCCUGCCCUGGUGGUAAAGCCAUGCUCCUCAGCAUCAGGAAGAAAGCUCCGUAUAUCUAGUGACAAAGAUGGGGCCUGCCGAGCAGUACAGCAGCUCACACAUGACACCUGGAAUAUUGGCAUCCCAAUGGAAACCUUCAUAGUUGAAGAGCGCCUGGAAGGAGUGGAAUUUUCAUGCUUGGCUUUUACUGAUGGCACAUCAUUGGCCUCAAUGCCACCUGUUGAGCUCCAGUACCAUAAAAGAGAUGUAUCUCAAGUUUCACAAGGAACAGAAAUGCAGGAAAAUUACCCAGAACCCCUGAUUGCCAGAACAAGAAGUCAGCACAGCAAAGUGGCCCAGGGGCUGGUGACAAUGUGCAUGAAUGAUAUUUUAGCUCAGGGAGCAAAUACUCUCUUCUUCAUGCCCUAUAUAGCUUGUGGAAAGCUUGAUUCUGAUAUAGCUAACUCAAUAAAAACUGGAUUAUCUGAAGCUUGUAAAACAUCUGGCAGCAGAUUAUUAGAAAGAGAAGUUGCCAAUUUGCCUGAUGUGUAUCCUGAGGGCAGCUACACUCUGAGCGGAUGUGCAGUGGGAAUAGUAGAACAAGAUCAUAAACUUCCCAAGCUGGAUAGAAUGAAAGCCGGAGACUUGAUCAUUGGGCUACGUGCAUCUGGAGUGCACUGUUGUAAUACUGGACUUAUAGGAAAGAUCAUGAAAAAAUGUUCACUUGACUACUCCUCGUUGUUGCCAGUGGGGAGAGGAGAGCAAACUUGGGGAGAUAUGAUACUGAACCCAUCCCUUGCCUACAGUAAUAUGCUGCUUUCAAUUGUCCAGUCUGGGUACAUCAGAGCCUUUGCUCCUAUUACUGAAGGGGGGCUAAUGAGAAGUUUUCAACAAGUCCUUCCACAAUCACUUGGAGUAAUAGUAGAUGCUCUCUGUUGGAGGAUACCAACAAUCUACUCUUGGGUGUACAAAGAAGGUGCCCUGUCAGAACAGGAGAUGGUCUUCAACUUUAACUGUGGCCUUGGGGCUGUGCUGAUAGUCCAGAAGAGUUUUGCUCAGCAGAUUGUGCUGCAGUUACAGAAGCAAGAAGAGGAGGCCUGGCUGAUUGGUUCUUUAAUUCUACAUCGACCAGGUUAUGUCAGUUAAGAAAAAUUGUAUGCCACGAUCAGAGAAUCGAGAACCGCUGAAAUAAA